AGUUAGAAAGAGAGAGACAGACAUAGAAAGAUUGCACUUAUCUGUGGAAUAUAAAAUAACAGAAUGGGAGACUAACACCCAAGAAUAAUAGAGAUAAGUACCAGGAGGUUUGCAUCACAGCUUGGAAGCUGGCCUCACAUGCUGGGGGGAAAGGCAGCUCAGAUAGAGAAGGGAACACCAAGUAAAGUGUGGUUAGAGGAUCUGCUUGGAUGGGAGAUGCGUGCUGAAAGUAGACUAUAGAUUGAACACGAUGGCCACUCAAUACCUCUGUUGCAAACCACAACACCCAAAAGGAGAGAGAGAACAAAAGGGAAUGCCCUGUCACAGAGGCGGGGUGGGGGGAUGGGUGGGGGGUGGGAGGGAUACUGGGAUCAUCGGUGGUGGAGAAUGGGCACUGGUGGAGGGAUGGGUACUUAAGCAUUGUAUGACUGAAACACAAGCAUGAAAAUAUGUAAAUCUGUAACUGUACCCUCACAGUGAUUCACUAAUAAAAAAUAUAAUUUUUUAAAAAUAAGUAAAAAGAGAGGGUUUGUUGAAAAGGGCUAACCCUCAGAUUCUUUGUUGAUGACAAGAACUUUUUGUCUUUGUUUUUGGAUCAGAUCCAGUGAUGCUCAGUUGUUGCUCCUGCCUCUGCACUUUGGAGUUACCCCUGGAGGUGCUUGGGGGACCAUAUGAGAUGCCAGGGAUUGAACCUGGAUUGGCUGUGUGCAAGGCAAACACCAUACUCACUGUACUGUCUCUCCAGUCCAAAUAACUUUUUUUUUUUUAUCUUAAAGAGGCCUCAUCCAUUGGUUCUAGGUGGGCAUUGGGACCCCUCCCUGCCAUGUUCUCUUGCAGUUUAGGUUUUCUAGGGCCACACCCUGUGGUUCAGCAGUGCCAGGGAUAGCACUCAGCGUCUUGCACAUGCUGGGCAUGUGUUCUACUAUUUGAGCCAUUGCCCUGGCCCUAAGAAUAAUUGUUUCAAGUUUAUAAUUAGAAAAUUAUUACUUGUCACUUGUAGUCCCGUUGAUCUUCGAUUUGCUCGAGCGGGCACCAGUAACGAACGUCUCCAUUUGUCCCUGUCGAGAGCUAGUGCAGCCCAAUGAUAUCUGCUUGCUCCAGGAACAGGAAGAGCCUCAAAUCGUUCAUUCAGGGAUUUGACGAAGAAAUCUGACCAUCUAGUUGGUGGGCGGCCACGAGGUCUUCUGAUGUCCCGUGGAAUCCAGUCGGUAACAGCUCUAGUCCAGUGGUCGUCUCUGAAAUCGCAUUAUAUGACCAUUACAUGGUUGUCUCCUGCCAUCUCCUCCUGCCCCGAGGAACAGCCCCAUGUGGGCAACUACCACCUGCUGAGGACCAUCGAGAAAGGCAACUUCGCCAAAGUGAAGCUGGCACAGCACAUCCUCAUGGGCCGGGAGGUUGCCAUCAGGAUCAUCGACAAAACCCAGCUGAACUCAAGCAGCCUGCAGAAGCUCUUCCGAGAGGUUUGCAUCAUGAAGGGCCUGAACCACCCCAACAUCAUGAAGUUCUUCGAGGUGAUCGAGACCGAGAAGACGCUGUACCUGGUGAUGGAGUAUGCCAGUGCUGAAGAAGUGUUUAACUACCUCGUGUCCCGUGGCCGCAUGAAGGAGAAUUAGAAAAUUAUAAUUAAAAAUAAGACCCUUGGGAGGGCACAGGAGGAACUACCAUUUGUUUGGCAAAUAUAAGAGAAAAAGAUUUGGCACAUUUAUCUUGCUGCACUAUGUUUAAAAGGAAGCAUCUGAAGAAUCACAGAGAACUGAGGGGCAUAAAAUAUCAGUGGGAGUGUACCCCUGGCACCUAGCACUGCUAAGGAAACCCUGCCACCAAGAAUAAAAUCAAAUCGAGAGUUCCAGAGGCACAGAUAGUAGAAUUUGUAGACACGUAUAAUAAAUGCAUUACUACAGGAUAAAAGUGCUGUUUUGCAGAGUUGGUCUCUGUUGUUAGAGAUUCCUCACUUUAUGUGUGUAUAUAUAUAUAUAUAUAUAUAUAUAUAUACACACACACACACACAUAUGUAUACAUUUGUAUAU